AUGAUGAAGAUGGGAUGCUCCCUGUCAAUGGCGGUGCUGGUGCUGUUUGCUUGGACUAAUGGAGAGGCGCUCGAGUCUUUAAAUCAAACAGUACUAGGCGUAAAUAAAGUUUCUCUUAGACACGGCCUGACAUCGCCACGUCCGUACCUGCAACUCCCAGUGUACGUGGAUUCUGGGCAGCCCCCGGUGGAGAAGCAACAUCUCUUCCCAAAUUGGGGGACCGGUUCCGAGGGUUUACCUGGGUUCCUCAGGAGCGUUCUGCUGCCGGAGACACCCGAGUCUACAAAGCAGAGGGAUUCGGCUGUUUCCGUCAAAGCUUCGUGUUACCCGAAUAAAAUGCUCGUCGAAGUUCCGAGGAGUAUUUGGGGAAAGGACGAACCUCCAUCUCGGUUCAAACUUGGUACGUGUUCGGUCAGCAGCAUCACCACAGAUUACGUUUACUUUGAGUACGACGUCGAUUUAUGUGGAACCAAAAUCACGGUGAUAAACGGACGAGUGGCUUAUUCCAACACAUUACACUAUGAGCCUCCAACCCUCCAAGGUUCGAUCAGACGAGCGGCUCCUUUCACGUUGCCUGUUGCUUGCGUUUAUAACAAGUACCACUACUCUUACAAAGUGGGAUACACACCAAGGCUCCAGAGGAGAAAAAUCUACAAGCCAAUGCAGAACAGGAAUGAAUUCUCUCUGUCACCUCGAAAUGCUGCGUGGCAACCACUCUCUCCAACUGAUAAAUACUUGCUUGGAAGUCCGAUGUACUUCCAGGCAGAAGGUCAGUUUGUUCCCGACGGCCAGCAACUGUAUGUUCACACGUGUUUUGCUACUCCGGAAAAGACGUUCACAUCGUCCACAGUCAGAUUUUCAGUGGUGGAAAACUUUGGGUGUAUGGUCGAGAGCAAGUCCAGUCACUCAAGAUUCAUCCCAUUUAGAAACAACAUAGUCAGAUUCAUGGUGGACGCUUUCUUAUUCAAGGAGAUGUCGAGUCAGGUUUAUAUGCAUUGCACCAUGUCCAUAGAAAGUUUUAUUCCCACGUCCAUUUCCAAGUCCUGCAACUAUGACCGGGAUAAAAAAAGAUGGGUUGAGUUGCAUGGGUCAGACUCCCUGUGUGCCUGCUGUGACUCGGUGUGUAUAUCUGAUGGCUCUGCUGCCCCCAGAAUGGUCAGUAGUGCUGCUUGGCCCUUGGAGCCAGAGGUGAAACACUCAUUAUUGCGGAACUUAACCAGCAUCACCGGGGCCACCUCAUCAAAAACACCGUCCUCAUCAGCAACUAGAAAGCCAUCUCCAACUUCCUCAAGAACGAAGACAAAGCCACUGCCAACCAAGAGGUCCAGAAAGGUGCCAGAGAGAAGGAGCACAUCAAAGCCAAAGGUGACCUCCAGCUCAACUGUCAUGGCUAAUUCUGCUGUAGAGUUUAAGAAUCCAGUCAGAGGUCGGGGUUUGAAGCGGGGUGGGGAAAGAUGGACCGACGGCUUUGCUGUUGUUGAGGAGGAUCAGGGGGCCGUGCGGAGGUUGGAUGAGUAUGUUUACCUGGUGGUUCACCUGCUGAUUUGUUUUUUGGAGGGAUCCUUCCAACCCCACUGGGUAGUUUUGCCUCAGCAAUUACUAACCAACAAGCGUCGUAUUGCCCUAAAAAAAUCUAACAGUCGCUACAUCACCUCUGUAUUCCAGUCAGACAGGGUUCUCCUUGGUCCUUAG